UUCAAAAUGGCGAAAAUUAGACGAGGUCGUUUAACUAUUUCAGCAAAUAUUGUUCUGACAGCAUCCGAAGUUACCAGGACUCUGUCUCUUGGUUUUAUAUUGAUGGCAAUCUACAUUAAAUUUGGCGACGACAUCUUGGAUACUGAUGUCAUUAAAAUUGUGGAUAUGCAAGACGUAGCCGGCAUGCCCCUUGGAACAACAGUGAAAUCAAUUAUAUUAUCUCUGAUUGGAGUUUUUGUGUUAGAACUUCUUACUGGGAUAUUUGGUAUAUGGGGAGUUAUCGGACGGAGAAAGCCCAUGCUACUGAUAACCGUAUUGAUGAGUUCAUUGAUGAUCAUAGUAUACAGUAUAUAUUUAGUCAUUCUUUCAAUUUUAUACAAAGAGAAGUCAUGCUUCAGAGAUACCUUAUUCACCUAUACCAGAGCUUAUGAAUACGGUUCAAGUUACAUUUCAUAUUCAUACUUCUAUGACACAUUUCCACAUUUUCUGUCAAAGCUGGGAUGUGAAGAAAGAGGACAUUCUGGUAUAUAUUACUGCUAUGAAAUCUUUAAUGAACAGCUGACUAGUUACUUGAAGAUAUAUUUUGGUUUGAUUGUUACGUGUAUUGUUUGCCAGGCUGUAAUGAUAAUUGCUUCAGAAUAUACGUACAGAAAACUUGAAUUCAAAGAAAAGAAAGCAAGCAAUACAGACAAUACAUACUACUUACUGCUGACAUUGAAACAUGGAAUUUUCAGAAACGUCUUAAAUUUUGCUAAGGAUAACUGGAGAAGGUCGAAGUCUGUUUUCAUCUCCGUUAUCCUUAAGAUCAGUUCACUGAUAGUAGGAGGUUCCCUCCUUGGAUUAGGACUUACGUUAAUUGGAGAUGAAUUUAUCCAUGAUAGUUCCCUCGAAUAUAUAUUUUACCAAAUACAAUUUUACAAUUACUAUUUUUAUGAUAUACUGGUGGGGUUGUAUGCUUUCUGUGUAGUUAUUGGUAUAUUGACGAUGGUAAUAUCAAUCAUUGGAUUAGUUGGCUCGUGGAGAAAAUCAUCACUGUUGCUAAUCAUGAGUUCAGUUCUUUCGACUGUCUUACACGUACUAAGGAUCAUUGCUAUCGUUUUUCUCGUAGUGUUCAUUAAAAAGAUUGAUGACAAUAUGAAAGAUCAACUUGUCUUACAGCAGCAAGGUUAA